UCUAAAUCCAUAAAGCUCAUAUCCUUUUUUGAUCCUCCAAAACAAUAUCUUAUCCAGUUUCCAGGAGAUUCAUCAGAAAACUCAGAAACAUAAUACUGUCUAUACAGAUCUUAUCCGGAAACUAGAUUACUCCGUUUUCAUCGACUCCAGUGCAUAUGAAUCCGUUUUCUUCGUUCUCUGACCCGUUUCUCACUGGGUCGGAUCACGGGUCACCGGUUUCCGAUACCGGGUCAUCUUCUCAGAUGCUUGCGGCCAGCUGUCCGAAGAAACGGGCCGGUCGAAAGAAGUUCCGGGAGACUCGGCAUCCGAUAUACAGAGGAGUUCGCCGGAGGGACUCGGGCAAGUGGGUCUGCGAGGUGAGAGAGCCCAACAAGAAGUCGAGGAUAUGGCUCGGGACUUUUCCGACGCCAGAGAUGGCGGCGCGUGCACACGACGUCGCCGCCAUCGCCCUCCGCGGUCGCUCCGGAGCUUGUCUCAACUUCGCCGAUUCGUCGUGGCGAGUCAGGAUCCCUGACUCGGCCUCCACCAAGGAUAUCCAGAGGGCGGCGGUCGAGGCUGCGGAGGCGCUCCAUCCGGAGACGGCGGAGCCUGAAGAUCACCGGGAAAGUGUGCCGGAGACGGAGGCGGUGGAGGAGGAAGGAGUGGUUUAUGUGGACGAAGAGGCGGUGUUUGGGAUGCCGAGGUUGCUGGCGAACAUGGCGGAGGGGAUGCUUUUACCGCCGCCGGAAGUGACGUGGACUCAUAGUGACGUGGAGGUCUAUGAUGACAUGUCACUCUGGAGUUAUAGCAUCUAAUUUAUUUUUCAUUUAUUUUUUAUUUUUUAUUGAGGGAAAUAUUUUGUUAGGAACUUUCUUCGUACCUGAAUUUUGAUGUUGUACGGAGAGUAAAUGUAACAGACGAAAUAAUCGAAUAGUCAAAUGAAAGUGUUAACCAAUAAAAAAAGAAUAUUUUGGAUC